AUGAAUUAUAAAGUAUUCCAACUCAAUUGUCAUAAAUCGAAAUCUAUUACUGAAACUAUCUUAGAUAAAAAAGAACCUGAUAUCUUGUUAUUACAAGAACCUUACUUUAACAACUAUGGGCCCAUUAAACAUAAAGAUUGGAUCCCAAUCUUUACAGAAACUGGAAAAGAAAAAAAUAAAUGCAGAGCAAUUACUUACAUUAGGUCUAACUCUGACUUACGAGCAUUAACUACUAAAAUUGAAAAGUUUACAAAUCGAGAUAUGGUUACCAUUUUGGUUAAAGACAUUACAAUUGUCAAUGUCUAUAAUCAACCGAAACCAUCCAAGAAAUACCCUGAGCCACCGGUUUUUGAGUUUCUCAAACGGGAGAUCAAGGAACAAUACUCAAAGAUUGUCAUUGCAGGUGAUUAUAACUUACAUCACAAGGAAUGGGAGUCAAGGGCAGGUCCGAAUACGGAAGCAGAUGAAGUUGUUGAGUGGCUACAUGAAAAUGAUAUGAUGUUAAUUACUCCAAGAAAUCAAAAAACAUACAACAAUAGAACCAAUAUUGAUUUGGUUUAUGGCUCAGUGGACUUACUUCAUAGAAUUUCAUUUAGUGGAGUGGAUGAAAAUACACUAAGUGAUCACUCAAUUGUGGAGUGGGACAUUUAUAUGUCUCAGAAUUGGGAAAAGUUUGACAAGGAGCUUUCUUCUGCCAUUAAAGAUUUUAAUGUGCAUAACAAAACUCUAAAAUCAACUGACCAAAUUGAUGACCAAGCUAAAGUUCUUGAGGAGGUUGUAAAAAGAGCAAUGGCAAAGUCGAUGAAGGAAGUUAAGGUGAUGAAAAAGUCCAAACGCUAUUGGAAUCAAGAAUUAAGGGAGAAAAAAGAAGAUGGAACUCUCACUACUACUGUUGACGAAAAAAGACAUGAAAUAUGGAAGGCACUUCUACCUGAAAUUGAUCAUGGUCUUGAUAGAGAGUUUGAAAUUGACGACGAUUCUCGAUGGCCAAAAUUAGAGUUUGAUGAAGUUGACUCUGCAUUGGCUGAUACCCCAAAUGAUAAAGCUCCAGGAGACGAUGGAAUUACUGGCAAAGUUUUAAAGAUGGCAUGGCUGAAUAAAGACUUUAAGGAAAGGUUUUUCAAGCUUCUCCAAGCUUGUGUGAAGUUUGGAUACCACCCAAAAGUCUGGAGACAUGGCAUUAUUGUUGUUAUACCUAAACCUAAGAAACCUGACUAUUCAAAGCCAAGAGCAUACCGACCAAUUUCCUUACUUAAGAUUCCAUCUAAAGUACUGGAAAAAAUUAUACAAAAAGAAUGA